ACUUCCGGAGAUGGAAGAUGGCUGAUGAUUCUGAUUCAGUGGCAUCAUCAGGCAUGGUGUCUGAAGAUGAAAUGUUUGCAUCUUCAACAUCUAACACAAUCAAAGCUGAAAGGCCCAGAGUUUCAACAAAUGAUUCUGAUUACUCUUCAUCGUGUACGCGGCGUAAAGUGAAACUUAAAGAUGAAAAAGUUUGUGGUGUGUGCGGUGAUAAAGCAUUGGGGUAUAACUUUAAUGCGAUCACCUGUGAAUCUUGCAAGGCAUUUUUUAGGAGAAACGCUUUGAAAGAUAAGACAAUGGUGUGCCUUUUUGAAAAUAAAUGUGUUGUUGAUAUUCGAACUCGGCGUUUUUGCCCAGCUUGUCGAAUCAAAAAAUGUUACAACAUUGGAAUGAACAGGGAUAUGAUAUUAGAUGAUAGUGAAAGAAAGAAACGAAUGAGUAAGGUGAUGGCCAAAAGAGAACCCUCUUCCACCACACCACUGAUGAUGAAUAUUAAAACAGAGAUAGAUACAGAUGACUCCAUGAUGGGGCUGGUAUCUGGUGACCACACCUCAGAUAUAGAAAGACCACCUACACCUUUUGGCAAAUCUCAUGGAGAGAAAACUGACAUUGUAUUCAAACACAUCCCAAAGCAUCUGCUACCAGUGGAUGACAGUAUGUUUUACAAACUGACAUCGGAAGAAGCCUCGCUUCUCAAAGACAUUACACAGGCGUACCGGGAUACGUUAGCUGCCAUGCCUGAAGUGGGCCCGUAUUCAGAAGAAAAAAAGUACACCAAGCCUGCAGAUCUAGUUAACCACUCUGAGAUUUGCGUCAGGAAACUGAUCAUGUUUGUGAAACAUUUAAGUGAUUUCAAACGCCUCAGCCAGGAGGACCAAAUAGCUGCGCUGAAAUCAUGUGUUAUGAAGACUCUUCUGCUGCGCUCAGCUCUGUUUUACAGUAUAGAAAGGGAUGCUUGGCUGACUCCCAAUGGAGAAAUACCAUCCAGUAUACUCAAACGGUCUACAGGCUUUGUUUCAUUACAUAACAAUCACGUGUACUAUUGUCAGAGGGUCAAAUCAAUGGCUUUAGAUGACUGCAGCUUAUAUGCUCUACUCCAGGCAUUGAUUAUUUUUGAUCCCUCUGGGGCGAACCUCUCAAGCAGAGAGUUUGUAUCCUCACUACAGGACAGGUACAUUUUACUCUUGAAACAUUACCUCGAGUCCAAAUUCUCGUACGAGUUUGCUAAAGAAUAUUACGUCAGCGCCCUCGACCGAAUCUGUGACUUGAGAGCUCUAAGUGAGGAGCAUGCCAAGGUCUUGUUGCAAGUCAACCCUAUAGAUGUGGAGCCUCUGAUGCUGGAGGUUCUUAAUCUGAAGUAAAUGGAAGUCUUGUGUAGCUAGAAAACUAUUGUCCCAGAACUAAAGCUCCUAGCAGAUUAUCUAUUUAUAGAUGAUUGGCUAAUCCAAUGUAAUGUACCUUUAUCUGGUUUAAGGUCUAAAAACAGAAAUUUGUGAUAUAAUAUAAGCAUAGUGCAAUUAUUUUUAGUUUUGGAAACUUUUUUUUUUUGAAAAAUAUUUUUUAAAUUCAUUUUUGGCAACUACAAAUCAGGUGUAUAAUUUCUGAUGCAGUUUAUUAAUGUACCUACAGUAAAAGCUGGAAGCUCCUUAACUCUUUUUCUACACUGUAGCUAAAGGGGCGGAGGUUUGGGGUGUGGAGCAAGAUAGGAAUAAAGCAAAAUUAAAAGCCACUAUUAUUUAACUAAUUUGAUGUAUAACUAUAAAGUGUAAAGCUAUGGCCUGCACUUCUUAGAAGUUCACCUCUUGUGUCACCAUGCAUUAGGCAGCGCCAAGGAUAUGCGGUUGAAAUCAUUUUUUGUUGUAACCAUCUGUAUAUCCUACUGUUUUGUGGUAACUGUUACAUUGAAACUUUGCCCUGUGAUGUGUCAAAAACAUGUUCCUUAUCUGGACUAAGAACUAUUUAUUACAUGUUUGUUGAUGUACCUUCAUUGCUCAUUUGGAUUUUUGUCUUUAUGAUAAAAGAUGAAAUAUUUGGUGGGAUUUUAAUUUCCAUUAAAUAACUUAAUUUUCAAAGAUGUUCAUUCAUGCUAAAAUUAAUGUUAUGAAAUUCUUUUAUUUUUAAUUUUUUUUCAAAAUAUUUUAAAAUAUAUAAAAACAAUAACAUUUGGUAAUCAGCAGUUUAAAAAAUAAUUAUUAUUUAUUUUUAUGAAAUGUAAAUCCAUUUAAAUGGAUCUAUGUCAGUUUCUUAAAAAGAUUUAUCCAAAUGCUUUUCUGACGAGUUACAUUUA